AUGGCUGACGCCGCGAAAACACAGUGGUGUGAACCAUGUGGUCGAGUAGGAGAAAAUCAGCAAGCACAUUCAUGGUGUAGUGACUGUUCUGAACCACUAUGUGGAGAAUGUCUAAAGUUCCAUCCAAAAGGGAAAUCAACAGCGAAUCACAAAACAAUCCCAAUCCUGAAAGCUGAAAAAUUAGCUGUUUUAAAUAUUCCAGAUACCUGUCAUAUUCAUGAAGAACAGAAACUUUCUCUCUUUUGCAUACAGCAUGAUCAAAUCUGUUGCGCAUUUUGUCUGCGGGAAUCGCAUAGUACGUGUAAAGAUGUAAAAUCAAUAGAGCAGGCAUCAAAAGGUGUUAAAAUGGGAACGGCGAUCGACGAUGUACAACAUCGAAUUUCAGAAUUUUCGUUUAUGAUAGGUAAAAUACUCGAUGUAUACAAGAAUAAUUUGAGUUCAAUAUCUGAUCAGAAAGAUAAAUACAAAGACAAAAUUAAAAAUAUUCGGAAAGAAUUUAAUACGUACUUGGAUGAGAUAGAACAAGUAAUCGAUUCAAAAACUGAUCCCUGUGAUAAAGAAUGCAUAAGUGAAAUUGAAAAGAAGAUUAAAGAUCUAACCACAAGAAAAAAUAAAUUGGAAUCGAGACAAACUGCUAUAGAAACUUUAACAGAACAUGCUUCAGAAACAAAAAUAUUUGCAGCAGUCAAGACUAUAGACCUUAUACUAAUCGAAGAAGAAGUCUUUUUGUCAAAGAUGCAGGAAAAGUUAACAACAUACGCACUUCUGUCGUCUCCGUGUGACUUGAUGGAAAAGAUAAAACCAAUUUUAGCUACACUAUCCGAAAUUAGAAUAGAACAGAUUAAAACAACAGUUCAAAACCCACUAAAUGUCCAACAAGUUCAAGCCUACAAAAUGCAACAAAAAAGGCCCAGCCUUAUGUCGAAGAUUAGUUGUUCUCAGAUGAAGAUGACAAGGAUUGGGAGAGCUUGUUUCACUAUUGAUAAUCACAUUGUUUUUUGUGGAAACCAAAUACUACUUUAUGAUAUCACAAAUUCUAGUGUACAAUCAGUACGUGAAUCUAAUGUUUUAGGAUAUACCUCAACAAAUAUAACUAGUGAUAUGAAGAAUAACGUUUAUGCAUCUUUUGCUCCUGUAUUCAUAAAAACUAUUGACAUGAAGAACUUAAAAGAAGGCACCCUGAUUCACAACUCUAAGGAUGGGGUCUCUGAUUGUCAUAACUUCACUUGUCUUAAGGCUAAGAAUGACUUAAUUUAUUCAAAUUAUAAUCAGGACAUCGUGAGUUUCAAUGAAAAACGAAGUGUUAUGAAGGUUCUGAAAACUAAAGUCAACCCAGCAUUCAUGUGUGUGUCAAAAGAUGGUGGAAUAUUUAUAUCUGAAAAAAACACAAUCAAACAUAUAACUGAAUCAGGUUCAUACGAUAACAUUCCUACGAAAAUGGAGAGUGGAGAUAAUAUUACAGGAAUAGAUGUUAAUGAACAAGGGCAGUUGUAUGCAUGUAUUUGUGGCAACGAAGUAGGAUCAAUUGUGCGAAUAAACACAACUACAGGAUACAGGGAACCAGUAUUAGAAAAUCUUGUAACCCCAUGUGAUAUCGCUUUUCAUCCGGAUCCGACUAAGAAUAUGUUUCUUGUUAUGACUGAUCAUGGCAAGGAAUGCUCAGUUUAUCAAUUUGCAACUUAA